AUGGGCAAAGUAACACGGCUACGGCGGUCGAGGUCUAUGCCUCACCGAAAGACAGCGCGGCGUUGGUGUGCGUUUAGCCUGAUAUUUUUCGCGGCACUGCGGAUGACGAAAUAUGUAAACCCACCACGCACCAAGUCGAGGAACUCCCCCGUGUGGAACUCCCCCGUGUUUACAGGGAGGAAGCAGAAUUCUUCGUCGUUAACCCAGGUCCAGCGCCUGUUCAUUCAAGAGCCCCCCAGCCAUCUCCAGAAUUCCAGCGUUCAUUUGGCCGUCGUGAUGCCUUUUCUUGAAUGCCAAUUCGAAGGCAGACUCAAGCCCAGCAUUCAGUCUUGGCAACACACCCAGCCGUGUACAAGAGCGCUUAGCAGUCCGGUCACGCUUAUUUUACAUCAUAAUAAAAUAUUCGACGUCGGUGCAAUCAACGACGUGAAGAACUUCUGGCGCAGUCUUUCGCGGGAAGUGAAAAACUGUUUCACGUCGGUGGAGCUCUGGUCGGCUGGUUUGAGCGCGGAGGAAGACGUUUACCCCAUGGGACCGUGCGUAAUGUUUCAUAGGACCUUUGUGCGCGCACGCAUUUUUGGCUUUUCACACUGGCUACAAUACGAGCCCGAUGUUUUCCCCAUUAGGACGGGAUGGUUGGAGCGGGCAAUUUUCCUCGUCGAGGAUAAUCCGACGUGUGAUCUGUGGUGGCAGCUGGGCAGUGAGCCUUCGUAUGACAGCGUCACUGAUUUCCUUAAAACUAGCACCGGCACGAGGGAUGUUGAUCUGCACAUCAAUGGUAACGCGCUCUAUUGUGUGAGUUCUCCAGAAUUCGCUGCGUACCGCGCCAUGAUGCGCAAGCUGUUUCCACCGAUGGGGUGCCUCGGCGAUAAGUACAUCGGAGAGUUCAACGGUCAUGAUCACGCAUUGUAUCGGGCACGGCGCUCCGACUCAUCGACUAGAUUUCAACACGUUCAUUACAAGUUUCGAUUGGAUCCUUUUAUUCGCAAUUUUGGCGCUUCGGCGUUCGACUUGCAAACGAUUCGAACCAUGUACCCAGAGACGUAUUUGAUUCACGGGAAAUAUGAACGUUUGUCGCCAACAGAGCGCGCACACGUUCGUCUAUCGAACCGACUACAUUUAAACGCAGAAGAAGAAAACGAGCUAUCAAAGCUUCACUGGCAAGCUGUUGGAAGGCUUCCUUCGAGGAGCGAAAUAAGUGUGUGGUUCAAGAUAUUUUUGCUCGUUGAGGAAAACACGAACCGGUUGAAACUCAUUCAUCGCUUACACCACGCUUGUGAGUUUAAAAGCGCUGACGCGACGUUGAUGCAAUACUUCGGCUCAAGUUUGCAACUAGCGGUCAUCUCUUCUUUCGUGAAUGUCAUUCACGCGAUGCCUGGGCCGGCAGAAAUGGCCACGAUCGCCAAGGAGUCUCGCCGUUUUUUCACGAUUCCUCACCUUUAUGACUUUGAAAACUAUUGCAAACUGAGCGCACGAGAGGCGUGCAAAAGACGCACACCGCCGGUGAUACCUAACGCUCACUGUCCAGAUGAUCCACCUGCACAUUUUCUUCGACUUUUUGCUGAUGGUUGGCAGUUCAUUGGCGGCGACGACAAAACGUUACACGUGCGUCGUGGAGCGAAAUAUACGUUGGAGAACCCUUCGAACUGUGGAGAAGUCAAAGUAGUCCACGGUCGCCUCAAGUGCGCUUCCAAAUUUCGUUGGACAUUCGCUUCGAGUACGCCACACGUACGGCGCAGACGGCCAAGAGCCUCUCACGAAUCGAAUCGACGACUCUUUGUGGACGAAAUCUCAUCGCGUUAUCCAUCCACAAACUUUUACACCGGUUCGACAAAGACGAGUGAUUUCAACUCUACGAGCGUGUAUGACCUCGAGGCACGGGCGCUACAGAGGCGCGCCACUGUUUGGACGACUGAUUUUCACGCCGGGCCAUUUGCAGGCAAUUCUGCAAUUUUUUCUGGGCUUAACGUGAAAAUCGAUGCUCGAAUCGAUUUCGGCAAUUGCAUGUACUUCAAAAAUGAUGAUGGUGAGAGCGUAUGCGCGAACGUCAAGGGAUUGAAAGUGCUCGCGAACAACGACUGGAACGGCUUCGGUCUCCAUCCCUGUCCAGCGCACACACGCGAGAACUUUUACUAUGCGUACGCAGACGAUCCAGAUUUCAAAAAAGUUGGAGCCGUCAUGUGCUCACAUCCAGUGGCGAACUGUGAAUUGUACAUGCCUCUUGGUAAGCCUAUGAUUCUCUAUCUCACGACGCGCCUAGAGUUCGGACGCGAUGAUCGACACGUACCGUGGAGAGAACCAUGGGUGCGCGGAGCAGACUCCGCGAAAGCGUGGGAAGCUUGGAUCGAUAAUUUCAUGAGGAUUGCCGCCAACGAGUACAACGUUGUCCUGGCUAACAAUGAAUACGAUUCAAAGUACGUGGAGUACUUCACUGGAAUCAGACCCGAGGUAAUUCCAUCGUGGUCUGGACCAAGUCUGGACGACUUGAUGCGUUACGACUCGUAUCUGCCUACUCGGUUGGAUAUUCUACUCACACCUUACCGCUCUAAUCUCGAAUAUCAUGCAUCUGAUAUCCCCGUGAACGGCUGGCCAAAUAUGCAUACCAAGCCCGUCGUGAAUGCUCCACUGAAUCAUCCCAUAUUUGAUGAAAUUGAUACUAUCAAGGCACACUCGAGUGUGGACUUUAACAUCGUGACGAUGGCAGAGGCGUAUCCACGAGGUUACUCCCACAUAAGAAAUUUGCGAGAGUUCCCAAUGUUUUUAUUCAUUCCAUAUCAGGCGUCGGUCAUGUCUUUUUUUGAACUAUACAGGCUUGGUGUGCCCAUACUCGUCCCUUCUGAAAAACUCCUUCUGCGGUGGAUGAGGGAUCACAGAAUGCUCUUCGAGCGAAUUUACGGUGAACCAGCGAAUGUUCUAUCGCGGAAGACGACAGCUCCUUCGCCAAAUAGCUUCCGUGUGGAGGAUGCGAAACAUUGGAUACCGUUCUACGACAUCUACCAGAAAAAAACGUUCCCAUACUUGCUGUAUUUCGACGAUUGGGCGCACGCCAUAGAACUUACCCAGACCGCCGAUCUCGGUUCGAUAUCAGCGAAAAUGAACGCACACAAUCGUGCUGAGUAUCAUCGAAUUUCAUUGAUGUGGGAAGAAGUUUUUGUUCGUACAAACUUACGCCGAGGAUAUGACACUAACAGAGAAGGUCCUUUAGAUUUCGCAAGCGCCCUUUGGCAGCACUAUCGUACGUCUGCGCGCGGUGAUAGUCAUACGACGUGUUCGCGGACGAAAAUCCAUAAAACGAUCGUUAAAAGAUCAGAGGAAGACACAGUUGCAGGUUUCAGUAAGUGUUCAGAGCAUCAGAGCAAACGAAAGCUACCGAGUGAGUAUCACUCAAAUCUUUUCGACGUCGUCAGUGGGGAAUACUUGAAAACAUGCGAUGACGCCCACUUCGAUGAGCGCACAAACAAGUUAACGUGCGUUGCGAAACACACACGGAGUGUGGUGAGUAAUCCGUACGCGUGCGCUUCCUUGAGGUAUCACACGUACAGUCAGCAACUGCUGUGCUAUUGA